AUCGAUUAUGUUUCGCGAAGGUCUCUUGCUUGCCCAAAAGUUUCUAAAUUUAAACAAUUUACGUACAUAUAUAUAUGUCACUAGAUUCGUUGUUUGUAGACAGUUUAACAGGCCUUUUAGUUUAGUUCAUUUGGUAAAUUACAAAUUAAAGCUUUUGAAAAACAAGCGAGUAUCAUAAACUUAUUUCACAAGGAGCCAAAGGACAUUGGCGGUCAGCAAAUCAGAAUGUCGACGCCGAAUUUUCUUUUGAGUAACGGUAAAAAUAUGCCUAUGAUUGGUCUUGGAACUUGGCGGAGCCCCCCGGAAGUCGUCACUCAGGCGGUGAAGGAUGCCAUCGAUAUAGGCUAUCGUCAUUUUGAUUGCGCCCAUAUAUAUGGAAAUGAAGCCCAAGUGGGCGCUGCUCUUCGAGAGAAAAUUAAUGAGGGCCUAGUGACACGGGAUAAUCUCUUCAUCACGAGCAAACUCUGGAACACCUACCACAAGCCGGAGUUGGUAAGAUCCGCCUGUGAGACAAGUAUGAGAAACCUGGGAGUGGACUAUCUGGAUCUAUACCUGAUGCACUGGCCCAUGGCCUAUAAAUCGGGCGAUAAUCUGUAUCCCACUUGUCCGGAUACAAAUAAAGCCGUAUCCGAAGAUAUUGACUACUUGGAUACAUGGCGGGCGAUGGAGAAUCUGGUGGAUGAGGGACUAUGCCAUGCCAUUGGUGUAUCCAACUUUAAUGAACAACAGAUUACAAGGCUUUUGAGCUUUGCCAAGUUAAAGCCCGUGGUUUUACAGAUUGAAUGCCACCCGUACUUGAGUCAGAAGUCGUUGAUUACUCUCUGCUAUGACAAUGCCAUUGCUGUAACCGCUUACAGCUGCUUAGGAUCAGGGCACACGCCAUAUGAAAAGCCCGGUGCAUAUCCACUGCUGCAGCACCCGACCAUCUUGGCUAUAGCUGAGAAAUACGAAAGGACACCGGCACAGGUGCUCCUCCGAUAUCAGACACAGUCGGGUAUCAUUGUUAUCCCGAGAUCCGUGAGCAAGCAGCACAUGAUGGACAACUUUAAACGAAUCUGGGAUUUCGAACUGGCCGCCGACGAUGCUAAGAGUAUUCAUGAUUUGGAUUGUAAUGGUCGCUUUAUGACCAUGAAGGCGGCCUAUGGCCACCCCCAUCAUCCCUUUGAGCCGGUACAUUCGAAAUAGAUGGCUAUUAAAGGAUGUUAAGUGUUUUUUUUUUACCAAAGAUCACGGUUGCCUUUUCUGUUGAUGGGUGUUCUUUUACUGCUGUAAUCAUCACCAUUAAAUAAGCAAUCACCAUAACUGGAAUAUGUAGUAUAUAUACUUAUAGAAUCUCUGAUUUAGUGAUAAUAUAAUAAAAAUGUUUUGCUGUAAAUUUCUGUCUAAGAAUAACGUUUACUAUCAUGGCCGUUUCAUGUAAUAUUAAAGACAAUAGGAAUAACAGAAAUACGAUUUUAUAUUAAAACAUGAGCUAGAAACCAUUGUCAUGUUAAAUUUAUCAGAAAUGUGGCUUUUUAUUUUUAUAUACACUUUUAUCAUGCUAUUUUUUGUUUAGAAACAAAUUAAAAUAGUAGCCACUGAUCUGUCAAAUCGUUUCAAAUAAUACAAAUUCACUUUGCAAUCACCAAAA